AUUGUCAAACAUAGACUCUGAUUAAUACAUUGCAAAACUCAAAUAUUAUUCCUUAAUUUUGAUCACAAAAAAUCAAAAGAAAUGGCAAGUCUAAAAGUUUAUGCUGAUAGGAGGUCCCAACCAAGCCGUGCAGUUAUCCUUUUCUGCAAGAUUAAUGGUAUCGAGUUUGAGGAAGUGGAAACAAGUCUCUUCACCAAUGACCUCCAAACUCCAGAAUAUCAAGCAAUCAAUCCUAUGAAGAAAGUCCCGGCUAUAGCUCAUGGAGAUUUCACACUCUUUGAGAGCCAUGCCAUUCUCAUGUACCUCGCCUGCUCCUAUCAUGUACCUGACCACUGGUAUCCAACUGAUCUUUGCAAGAGGGCUAAACUUCACUCCGUGCUGGAUUGGCACCACGCCAACUUACGAUAUGGUGCAAUGGGAUACUUGGUUAACACAAUACUAGCGCCUUUUUUUGGAAAAUCGCCGAAUCCUGAAGGUAAAGCUGAUUGUGAACAUAAGUUGGUUGAAUCCUUUUCCACAAUUGAGAAAGUAUGGCUUGAGGGUGACUCCAAGUUCUUGCUAGGAAACGAUCAACCUUCGAUUGCUGAUAUUUCCUUUGUUUCUGAGAUUAUGCAACUUCAUAUGUUGCCUGAUGAAGAAAGAAACAGGUUGAUAGGGCCGUACAAAAAAGUUGAACGAUGGAUUGAGAAUGUGAAAGAGGCAACUAACCCUCAUUUUGAUCAAGUUCACAAGUAUCUCUUUCAUGUUAUUUCCAGCUUCAAGCAAACAACUUAAUCUCCAAAACACGGAAAACGCACAUUAUAUUGAUAAUUUGGGGUGUUUCUUUUCUAGUACUGCAUAAGUUUCCCAUUUAUUUUCAUCUAUCGUUAUUGUAAUUCUUAUAAAGGUUACGCCAUUUCCAUUUUGAGUUCAAUUAUAUUAUACUUGCAUUUGAGCUUCUA